AUGGAUGAAACAAUUUUGGUUGGUGAUGAUUUAAUGACGGGUCCUCCAUCGCCUGUAGUACCACCGGAAAUAGCCUCCCAUGUACUCCAAGGUGUUAAUUUGUGUGAUGGAAUUCUCAGGAAUCUGUUUCUGUGCUUGCAAAUCAAUGACAUUGAACCAUUUUGUCAAGAAGAAAUUGCUUUAUAUAAAGAAUGUGCUGAACGCAGGGAUAAGGAGAUACGGAAACGACUUCAAGAUAGUGAGUUCAAAUUGGGUUCAUCAAUGCCUCUAGAUGAAGCCAAGGGGAGGGCCUCUCAGCUUGAAGCAGAAGUUACAUCAUUGGAGAGGCGCCUAAUUCUUGCUAGUGGAGUCGAGGGCAUUGAAGGUUUCCGCCAAAGAUGGAGCUUACAUGGCCGCCUUACUGAUUCCAAAAAUAGGUUGCAGUCCUUAAAGCAUGGAAUAGAUAGCAGAAAAAAGGGAUGA